CUUCACUGCGCAAGCGCAAUUAAAUAAUAACAAACAUGGCGGACGCGGAAGAGGAAUUCUCAGCUGACGCGGUUCAGAAAUUCUUGGUAUCGAAUGGUGGAAAGGCUACAAAUGUGGAAGUUGUCGGCCACUUUUCUAAGUACUUAAAUGAUCCCGAAUUCAAAGUUCUGAACAGGCAGAAAUUCAAAGAUUACAUCAAUGAAGUGGCAACAGUCAAGUCGGAAAAGGGUGAGAAGUUCUUGGUCCUGAAGAACGAGUUCUUCUACCGGGAGUGGAUAGAACCCAAACAUGUCAUCAUCAGGUCUGCGCAGUCACAGGCCCCCAAACCGUCAUGGCCGCCACCAGCCCCGGAACAACCCAUGGAAACAGAACCCGUAGCCCCCGCCAGACGGAAAAAGAAGUCCCGCGAUCACAGCUCUGCACAUCAGAAUGAAUCCUCUGGGAAUGGUAGGAGUAGCCCGAAGCCUAAGGGUGGAACUAGUCCUAGGCCUACUAUCUCAGCACCUAUCUAUACAGGACCAGUGGACCAACACUCUGUAGUUAAUACUAGAGCCGGAGAGAAAAUGACCGAAGAACUAAGUCAGAUUGAGGGAGUGAGAGAUGCCAGGGAUAAAUUUGAGCAGGAGUCCAGGCUACAGACACCUACUCCUCCUAAAUCCUCCUCCUCACCCUCCUCGGCCUCCGCCACCACCACCACCACCCCUGCCACCACUGCCACUUCUGCAACGGGUGAUGCCGAGGCAGCUCCUCAGCCUGAUGAUAUACCUCCGGCUCCGGUAGAGAUACAGAUAACCGAUGAAGAUAAGAAAGAAGAAGAAGAGCACAUCGGUAUGGAGAGCAGUGAGAGAAUGGAGCAAGAACCUUCCAAAGAGCCGACACCCCCUCCUCCUUCCAUGCCACCCGCUCCCUCCAUCUCACAAGCCGUCUCAGAAAUGCAGAAACCAGAAGGUUCUCCCAGCGUUCAAAGAGCAAGAAAGCUUUUUGAGAGAGAAGCAGAAAAAGAAGCAGUCUCGGCGGCUCAACUCACCCCAAAGCUUGGGGGCAACCGCACACCCAAGACUGCAAAGAAACUUGUACAAAAUGGAGUUUCUCCAGCACAUCACCAUGACGAUGAAGAGCACAAUAUGAUUGGAUCAGAUUCCUCCAUCAGUGAUAGUAACGAGGACCUAACCCAUGAGGUACACCAGGAUUUAACCGAAUCCGUAUCAUCGGACACGUUACGGUCCAUAAAGUCCACUAGUAGUGGAAACUCAUAUCCAGACACCCCAGCUAAGCUUGAACCCCUAGAAAGGCAAUGGAUGCUGGAGUCUGCCAAAGGCAACGUUCCGGUUCUCAUCGGGCUACUGGAUCAAGAGCCUGGGCUAGCAACGAAAAAGGUAGGUGCCCUUCCUCAAGAAAAAAAACAUAGAACCAACUGCAUGAACGAUUUUGAAGCGUUACUCUAG